AUGGGCAAUGAACAAAGUCAUGGUACUGAAGCUCCGGCUGGUGUCAGCUCGACGUUUUCGUUUCUCUCUAGACGAAGUUGGUUCUUUUUGUUGUUGUUGUUUAUUUUUAGGUAGCUUUCAAGUUACGGAUGAUUUUGGAAGAUAUUGGAAUAUAAUAUUUGUAUUUAAUUUUUUUUUAUUGAAAAGCCGAUUUUAUAGUAACUUUUCUGCGACUAAACGUAGGGUUAAGGGGGAGGGAAUUACCGUGGCGAUUACGAUAGCUAUUGUGAUAAAUUUCUCAGUUUAAAAGACUAUAUUUAUUAAAAGAUAUAAGCAUUAAUCGUAUUUAUAAACUUAUUAUAACGAAAACUCUUCAGGAGGUUCACUUCACAAGUCUAACUCACCUAUUGUUGUUGUGAACGCAAAAGGACAGCCGAUUGGUGAUCCAAAAGACGAUGAGGACUUGAAGAAGUUGAAGGUAACAUUAUAUUUACUUUUUAUAUUUUAAACCGUUUAAAUAUAUUAAACUUGUUAAAAACUAUUAAAAAAUACUUUUUGGAGCUGAUUUUUGACGUUUUUAGGUGAUAAAUUGCUUUUAUGACUAUUUUUGUUGAAAAUACAUACAUUCAAUGUUCUUGUAGGAGAUACCGCGAUUUCAACCUCUUCUUCUUGGAGUUCUUCCUGGUCAACGAGAUUCUCCAUCGAUUUAUACAAAAGUAGAACCAAAGUACAUUAUUAGGUUCGUAAACCGACUACAACAACAUUUUACUGCCUGUCACAAAGCUGUUAGUACACAUCAAAGUCAGUUGGUCAAUGAGAUUGGGAAUGUAAGUUGAAUAGUGGAUUAUUAUAGAUAUUUUGAAUUAUUAUUAUAAAGAUUUUGAAAACUGUGGUAUAACUUCUUAUUCUUCAUGUUUUAGACUGACCAAAAGACCUCCGCCCUUCUUCGACGAGUAUCAUUGUGUUCGAAAAAGUACGAGACCUUUACAAACGACCUAAAACGAGUUGAAUUGCUGGACAAUCAGAUAAAUGAGGUCCAGAAGCAGUUGACAGAUCUAUUGGCUGGUAUGAAAUCUCUAAAUCAGCUUUUGAAGGAGAGUGAUCGACUGCCAGAGUUGCCAUUGUUAACGCCUGCUAAAGGCAAUUGGACUGCGUUGCCUUAG